CAGUGACGGAAUUAACAAGAAAAUUAGCAUAUUCUGGGCUUCGUGUGCUUUUUUUAUACUCGACACGUUCUGCAUGAGUUUUGUGUAAUUCACAACUCGUAUGAAAAGAAAAAAUAUGUGAAGAGGGGCCCAGCUGUGCGCGAGCGCCAUUUACAUCGCCACUGUCGCGCGACCUGUAACGGCAACACCGCAGGCGUUCGAACCGCGCGCCUCUGCGCUCGCGACCGAUGUGACGCAGCGUCUGCUUUCCUCGUCCACUGAGCGCUCAUUAGAGGCGUGUGAGGAGGAGGCGGUGUGCGCGCGACGCUCGCUCGCUCUCUCUCUCUCUCUCUUUCCCUCUCUUUUUCAUGCGCGCUCUCUUUGCCUCGCGCUCGUCUCUCUCCGCAACUCUUCGUCCAUCCAGGCAGUCGGAGAAGCGCCUCUCUGUCUCCUCUUCUCCCUCUCACUCAGACUCGAACCUCGCACCACCGGUGGCGGGCAUGCAGCGCGCGGACCGUCGCAAGCCCCGCACGAAGACAUGGACGCGCUCCUGCGCGCGCACCUUGUGCCUCUUCUUCAUCUUUAGCUUGCAGCUGGAGAGCGCGCUCCCAGAGCCCGUGGACUCGGACACGUUUGCGUUCUUCCACGAGGGCGCCAAGGGCUGCCUGGGGGUGCGGGGCUCCGUGCUGCAGGUGACGGCCGCCUGUGCGGAUCAGGCCCAGCAGUGGAAGUGGGUUUCGCGCGGGCGCCUCUACAAUCUGGGCGCCUCCGUGUGCCUGGGGGUGGCAGGAGGCACCGGCGAUGGUGCCGAGGCCACGCUGGGCGCGUACGUGUGCGACCGCGAGCCGCCCCGUGUCCGCUGGUCCUGGCACUGCAAGCUGGUGCUGGAGAGCCUCAACAAGCACCUGCCUUCACCUCCGGCCCUUGCCAACAGCACCCAGGUGGCUGCCUCCGCUGCCGCCCGCGAGCCUGCAGAGGGUCACCGCUGGAGGCUCUAUGGCAGCGAGCAGGACCUGUGCGCCAAGACGUACCGCGAAAUCUACACCAUCCAAGGUAACUCUCACGGGCGUCCCUGCUACCUGCCCUUCCUGUACGAUGGCCAGUGGUUCCACAGCUGCACCAACAUUGGACGCGAGGAUGGCCACCUCUGGUGCGCCACCACAUACGACUACAGCAAGGACGAGCGCUGGGGCUUCUGUCCUAUCAAGAGUAACAACUGUGAGACUUUCUGGGAUAUCGACCCGGUGACGGACAGCUGCUACCAGUUCAACUUUCAGUCGACCCUGUCCUGGAACGAGGCCCGGGCCAGCUGCCGACAACAGGCAUCCGACCUGCUCAGCAUCACAGAGGUGCACGAGCAGACUUACAUCAACGGCUUGCUGACAGGCUAUAGUGCCUCCUUGUGGAUUGGACUCAAUGACCUGGACAUCAAUGGUGGCUGGCAGUGGGCAGAUUCUUCGCCUCUCAAGUACCUCAACUGGGAGCCUGAGCAGCCCAACCACGCCGAGGAGGAGAACUGCGCAGUGAUCCGGACCGAGACGCUGGGCCGCUGGCAGAACCGCGACUGCUCCGUGGCCCUGCCUUAUAUCUGCAAGAAGAAACCCAACGCCACUCUGGAGCCUUUCACCACUGACUCAUGGAUGGACGAGGAGCGACAGGAGUGCGACGUGGGCUGGCAGCCCUUCCAGGCGGGCUGCUACAGGCUCACGGCUGAAAAGCAGACCUGGGAGGACGCACAGAAGACCUGCCAGAAGAUGGAGGCCAACUUGGUCAGCAUCCAUACUUUGUCGGAAUUGGAGUUCAUCAUCCGCAACCUGAAGAAAAGUGUGGAUGAGCUGUGGAUUGGGCUGCACGACACCAAGAUGCAGAUGAACUUCGAGUGGUCAGAUCGCACGCCCGUCAUCUUCACCUACUGGCACCCCUUUGAGCCCAACAACUUUCGCAACAUGCAAGAGGACUGCGUUACCAUGUGGGGGCCGGAGGGCCGCUGGAAUGACAGCCCCUGUAACAUCUCCCUGCCGUCCAUCUGUAAGAAACAAGCGCAGAGGACCGAGGGACACAAACAGGACCACGGCUGCAAAGUGGGCUGGAGGUGGCACAGCCCUUCCUGCUACUGGGUGGGUGAGGAGUCGGUGACGUAUGAGGAGGCCCGGAAAGCUUGCUCUGGCAGGGAGGCUACGCUGGUCACCAUCACCAACAGAUUUGAGCAGGCCUUCGUCAACAGCCUGAUGUUUGGCCGCACCAAAGACUACUUCUGGACCGCACUGCAGGACCAGAACAGCACAGGCACUUUCCGGUGGCUCAGUGGGGAUGAGGUCACCUACACCAAUUGGAAUAGGGACCAGCCGGGCUUCAGUAAGGGCGGAUGUGUCGCCCUAGCGACCGGCUACUCGACCGGGCUGUGGGAGGUGAAGGACUGCGGCUCCGUGAGAGCAAAGUACAUGUGCCGCCUGAGCCUGGACACGUCUCUGAGCCCGGAGCCCCCAGCUCCAGUGCCGACACCCAGCCUUACAGGUGCCUGUCCCCAGGGAUGGAAGAGCAGCAGCACCUUGCGCCACUGCUACAAGGUGUUCCACUUCUCUCAGCUGGAGCAGAAGCUCAGCUGGGUGCAGGCUCACCUCUUCUGCAGGAAGUACGGCGCCCACCUGCUCAGCAUCGGCAGCUUCGACGAGGAGCAGUUCGUCUCGCAGGUGCUGCACGAGGCCUUCGGGGAGUCGGAGGACCAUGAGCAGCACUGGUUCUGGAUCGGACUGAACCGCAGGAACCCCGUGGACAAGGGCAGCUGGAAAUGGAGCGAUGGGUUGGGGUACUCGUACCACAACUUUGGGCGCGACUACUACGACUACAAUGACCGGCAGUGUGCAGUGGCUGACCUGGGGACCAUGCAGUGGCUGGCCAUGCAGUGCGAGUCGCAACUGGACUGGAUCUGUAAGGUCCCGAAAGGAACAGUUGUGAAGGAACCAGAAGAGGAGACCUCUUUCAAGGAAUGGGUUCCCUUCCAAGAAGCCGAGUACAAGUUCUAUGACCACCGCUCCACUUGGGACCAGGCUCAGCGGAUCUGCUCCUGGUUCGAUUCCUCCCUCGCCUCCAUUCACUCUCCCGAGGAGCAGAGCUUCCUUACGCAAACCCUCCGCAAGAUGUCCAAGGGCGAGGGCCAGCACUGGUGGGUGGGGCUGCACACCUAUGAGAACGAUGGGCGCUUCCGCUGGUCGGACCACUCCGUGCUCAACUACGUUUCCUGGGCCCCCGGGAGGCCUCGGCCCGUCAGCCGGGACCGCAAGUGUGUCUAUGUGACGUCCAGCAGAGACGAAUGGGGCGACCAGAAGUGCUUCACAGACCUGCCGUACAUCUGCAAGAGGGUUAAUGUGACGGGCACCCUCCCUCUUACCCCGGCUCCUCCUAGCAAGAAUGGCGGCUGUCCCGAUGACUGGGCUCCCUUCCUCAGCAAGUGUUUCAAGGUGUUUGGACACCAGGAGUCCAAGAGGGUCACGUGGUCCGGAGCCAAGGCACAGUGCGAGUCCAACGGUGCCGAGCUGGCGGUGGUGUCGAGACACCUGGAGCAAGCCUUCCUCACUACUCUGCUGCCCAACAUCAGUUUUAACCUCUGGAUCGGGCUGUCGGACUCAGACGUCCGCUUCCAGUGGCAGGACCGCACACCCCUCAGCUACACCAACUGGGCUCCUGGAGAGCCGCUGGCGCACAGAGACCUGCCCACCAAGGCCCGGGUGAACUGCGUGGUGAUGCUUCACGGCAACCCAGAGAAGAACACGGGCAUGUGGGCAUCACGCGUGUGUGAGACGGAGAAGCAUGGGUUUGUCUGCCAGAAGCAGAAAGACCCUGCGGUGCCUGCGGGGCCCGACACCCUUCCCCCCUCCCUGUUGGGACCGCUGCAGUUUGCCGGGGUUUCGUACCGUGUGCUAAACAAACGCCUGGACUGGACGGGGGCGCUGCACGUGUGCGACUCGGUUGGCGCUACCCUGGCCACCGUGCAGGACCCCUACCAGGCAGCCUACCUCACCCUGGUGCUGAGCGCCCUGCGCGGCCCCGCCUGGAUCGGACUCUACAGCAGUGGGGGGCGGAGCUUCACCUGGCUGGGCGAAGAUCCCAUCAACUUCAGCGACUGGAGGGAUGGGGUGCCUAACAGCUUAGUGGGAUGUGGUCACAUGACCAUCCCCGGCCAGUGGGCCGUGGCCUCGUGUGACGCAAAGGUGGACUCGGCCAUCUGCCAGCUGAACGCAGGGACGUCUCGCGAACAUCAGUGGAGCUUUCCCGGCAAGUGUCCUCAGGCGGUGGGCAACUGGGGCUGGGUCCCCUUCCGCAACAACUGUUACUCCUUCAACCUGGAGCAGCUCAAAUUCCACCAGGAGGCGCAGGACUCCUGCAAAAGCGCUGGCGCCCAGCUGCUCUCCAUCCUGGACGAGACGGAGAACGGCUUCGUGUGGGAGCACAUUCAGGCGUACCAGGAGCAGGCGCACGGAGCAUGGCUCGGCAUGUCCGUCAACCCCAAGGGGGGCAGCCUCACAUGGCCAGACAACGCAGAAAUAGAGUACAGCAACUGGGAGGGGCGGGACGCCAAUCUGAGCAUGUUGUCAGCCAAGUCGUGCUUCUGGAUCCAGAGCAACACGGGGCUGUGGAAGCCGGGCUCGUGCCGGAACCGCACCCAUGGCAUCAUCUGCAAGCGGCCCCGGGGUGCUGAAACAUCACCUCUUGUGUCGGAAUCGGACCACCUCCCCACGCUGGUGCUCGUCCUGGUGACGGCACUGGUGCUCGUCCUGCUCACUGUGGGCAUAAUCUACGUGUACCGGCGGCGGGCGGGCGCCUCACGAGGCUCCUACGAGGGGGCGCGAUACAGCCGCACCAGCGCCAGUCCCUCGGAGCAGGCCGAGAAGAACAUCCUGGUGUCCGACAUGGAGCUGAACGAGCAGCCUGAGUAGCGGCGGGGAGUGCAGAAACGCUGCACAGAUGGACGGACGGACAGACAGACAGACGGACGGACUUUGCCGAUUUUGGACGUUUUCAUUAGUUGUUUUGCAAACUUUGGAGUCGUCGCAGGGCUGUGCUGAGCAUGGCGGACCCCAGUCACGUGUAGAUGCCCCCACGUCCCUGAGCAGUCUAGAGCCCUCUCCAGCAAGCCCAUCCGGAGCAGAACAAUCAGACAGCCCUCUUGAGACAUUCCUUUUCUAGAAGUUUCCAUAGCGACCAACAGCUGUCUCCCAAAACACUGCACAAAUGGGUUCUUCUCCAAACACUUUUUCUUCUUGUUCUUUCCAACUCCAUUUGAGUACAUAGGUUUUUAAAAAAAAAAAAAAAAAAAAAAGAGAGAAAAAAAAAGAAAAAACUUCCAGUGUUAUUUCUUAGGACGUUGAUGGUAUUGUGUUUUACUCCUCACGUCAGGUGUGAACUCACGGUCUUGGUGGCUCGGUGGCACCUGCGGGCUAACGGGCGACACGUAUCCAACACGUUCUCCGGCUCCGGAGAAUCUGUAAGGCGUGAACACCCUGCUGAUCGACCCCCCCCCAACAGACCAAAGCUUUCCGCCGAGACGCACUGAGCACUUUCCUGUGUCGCGUGUUGAGAAAGUGUCCAGCGCCGGAAGGCAGCAGAGACACCCGAGAUGCGUCUUUUCUCACGUCUCAAGCUCGCCACAUUCCUCCUCUUGCACAAGAUGGCUGUAGGACAGACACGGUCCAACGGUUCACGUCUCUGCGUUCCUCACGAUGUGUAACAUUUCUCUCCCAGUGCCUGGUCUUGUGAAACCAGCCUCUCUUCUUAAUGCCAGUCUGAUGCGCUUCUUGAAAUCGGUGAAAACCUUGUGAUGACCCACCCCACACCCCCGCGCCCCAAAGGCAUUGCUGUCAUUCCUCGUAUGGAUAGAUCUCAGCCUUACUGGUUGCUGAUGCCCUCAAACAGUUGUGGACCGAGUUCAGAUCGAUGGGCCAAAGACGUCAGUCCAAAGGAUACCUUCUCUCUCGCUGUGGUCACUGUUCUGGACCACUAGGGGUCCAGCUACUACAGCGAACGGGCAUCUGUGGAAGUGUCAGGACCGAUAAACGGCUGUGUUCCUCAUCUUUUUAUGAUUUUUAAUGUCUUCCUGUCUUGCAGCCCUCGUUUCGGGGCUGAGCGGUGGUCCCACGGAGUGGAGCUGGUACUGUGUUUCUGAGACGUGUGCGUGCGUGGUGCAGUCACUCCAAGUCAGAGGGAUGCGGGACAUCAGGAGGUGAUCGCUUGACGGAGAAGAGAGUGAGGGGGGGAGAGGAGAGGAUGGAAAGAACUGGAACGUGAAAAUAAAGGAGGAAGUGGUGAUAAGUAAUAAGAGAACGUACGUGUGUGUGUCUGUAUGUGUGUGUACACCGUCGCUCCUCCGGUGCGGUGGCUGCUCUCAAUGGAGCGCCUCUCGCAGGCAGAGGACGGGAGCUGCCUGAUGGGUGGGAGGGGCCAUCACAUGUAAAUCCCUGUGAAGUCCAUUUCAGAUAUGCACCUGUAAGUUUGUCUGAAUUUUUUUGUAUAUGAAAUUAAUAAAAAUAUAUG